CCUGGGCCGAGGGGGAAAGGGCGCGCCCGGGAGGAGGCAAAACGGACCCCUUCUUGCAGAGAAGAGGACGAGGUUGGCCGCGGAAGGGUUAAGGUCACUGAGCCGGAUUCCUAGAGAGGAAGGAGAGUUGGGGAGGGGGAGGCUGGGUCCUCCAGAGCCCCUUGCCAGCCGCUUCCCUGCCGUGGACUCUUUGGCGACGGGCUGCGUCGGUGCUUCCCUUCGGGGAUCCGGACUUGUAACCUCCAGUUAGGACGGCAUUUGGCAGAAGAAGGAGGAGUCUUUGGGGCCUUGUUGAAGGCUUCCUUGCAACAGUGAUGAAGGAUGGAAGACCAAGAUUCAGCUGACCUUGAAGCAGGAAGAGGUCUGUAUAGCAACCAGCAUGGGAGCCCUGGGGAAUUUCUGCUACCAGGAGGGCAAAGGGCCCAGAGAAGUUUGCAGCCGACUCCACCAUCUCUGCCGUCGGUGGCUGAAGCCAGAGCACCACACAAAGGAUCAGAUCCUGGAUCUGGUGAUCCUGGAGCAGUUCUUGAUGGUCCUUCCACCGGAGAUAGAGAGCUGGGUGAGGGAAUGUGGAGCGGAGACCACUUCCCAGGCGGUGGCCCUGGCCGAAGGUUUCCUCCUGAGCCAGGCAGAGGACGAGAAGCAGGCAGAGCAGCAGGUGAAGGGUCUGUUUGGAGAAGAGGCCUCUGAUUUCCUGGAGUCACAGAAGGCGCCGUCGGACGCCAGAGAGUGUUCCCUGCAAAGGGGGAACGUUCAGGAGAGUGACAGACGUGCCACCUCACUCGGAGAUGAAAUGAUGCCAACAAGACAUCCCCAGCAGUCUCUUCUUUGUGGUGGAGGGGAAGCAGCUGCUGUGGAGGAGGAUCAGGGUCCGGUGUCCUUUGAGGAGGUGGCUGUGUUCUUCACGGAGGAGGAGUGUGCUCUGCUGGAUCCCCACCAGAGGGCGCUGCACAGGGAGGUCAUGGAGGAGAAUGGUCAAGUUGUUGCCUCUUUCGGUUAUGAAUGGAAAACAGAGAAUCUGGGACAACUACGUGGGGUGUUCCCAGAAGGCCCAACAUACACAAAAAGAAGGCAGCAGAUAAGGAACACUGAAGGACAAGAGAAGAGGAAGAAACCUCUAACUUCUCAGGGCAGUGACUACCACCAUAUCCCAGUCCAAGGAAAAAUGGGGAAAAGGAAAGAAACAAAUACUUACUUGGAAUGUGGACAGAGCUUCUGUCAGAAAAAACACCUUGCUAACAAUCCAAGAAACCACACAGGGGAGAAGCCAUAUAAAUGCUUGGAGUGUGGAAAGAACUUACAUAAUAAGUCACAUCUCACUUUGCACCAAAGUAUUCACACAGGGGAAAAACUGUAUAAAUGCUUGGUAUGUGGAAAUAUCUUUAUGCAGAAGAGAUAUCUCACUUCUCAUCAAAGAACUCACACAGGGGAGAGGCCAUUUACAUGCUUGGUUUGUGGAAAGAGCUUCACACAGAAGACAAGUCUCAAUUCUCAUAAAAGAAUUCAUACAGGGGAGAAACGACAUAAAUGCUUGGAGUGUGGAAAGUGCUUUAUGUAUAAGAAAAGUCUUACUUCACAUCAAAGAAGUCAUACAGGGGAGAAACUAUAUAAAUGCUUGGAGUGUGGAAAGAGCUUCACACACAAGAUAAGUCACAGACGACAUCAAAGUAUUCACACAGGGAAGAAACCAUUUAAAUGCUUAGAGUGUGGAAAGAGCUUCUGUCAGAAGACGCACCUCACUUCUCAUCAAAGAAUUCACACAGGGGUGAAGCCAUUUACAUGCUUGGAGUGUGGGAAGAGCUUCUGUCAGAAGACAAAUCUCACUCGGCAUCAAAAAAUUCACACGGGGGAGAAACCAUUUACAUGCUUGGAGUGUGGAAAGAGCUUCACUCACAAGAUAAGUCUCACUUCACAUCAAAGUAUUCACACAGGGGAGAAACCAUAUCAAUGCUUGGAGUGUGGAAAGAGCUUUAAUUGGAGGACACAUCUGACUUCUCAUCAAAGAAUCCACACAGGAGAGAAACCGUUUGAAUGCUUGGAGUGUGGAAAGUGCUUCAAAGACAAGUUUUGUCUCAAUUCGCAUCAAAAAAUCCACAAAGGGGAGAAACCAUUUAAGUGCUUGGAGUGUGGAAAGACCUUCAGUCGGGGGACACAACUCACUUCACAUCAAAGAAUUCACACAGGGGUGAAGCCAUUUACAUGUUUGGAGUGUGGAAAGAGCUUCACACACAAGAUAAGUCUCACUUUGCACCGAGGUAUUCACACAGGAGAGAAACGAUUUAAAUGCUUUGAGUGUGGAAAGAGCUUCAGUCGGGGGACACAGCUCACUUCGCAUCAAAGAAUUCACACAGGGGAGAAACCAUUUACAUGCUUGGGGUUUGGAAAGAGCUUCACACAGAAGAUAAGUCUCACUUUGCACCAAGGUGAUCACACAGAGGAGAAAUCAUUUAAAUGCUUCAAGUGUGGAAAGAACUUCCAUCAGAAGACACAUCUCACUACUCAUCAAAGAAUUCAUACAGGGGAGAAACAGUAUAAAUGCUUGGAAUGUGGGAAGAGCUUCACAGGGAAGAGACAGCUCACUUCUCAUCAAAGAAUUCAUGCAGGAGAAACCUCAUAAAUGCUUGUCGCAUCAAAGACAUGCACUCUCUACAUUUGCAUGGUGUUUUGCUAAACCUUUAAUCCAAUAGUUAUAAAAUGGGCCCUCCUGGACUUGGAAGAUUUUUACUCAGCAUUCCCUGAAAAAAACCCAAUCAUAUUAAACCCCAUCAAAAUUCAGGUCAUGAAUGGGAAACAGAAUCAGGGAGAAGUGCAUGGAGUGAUCUCAGAAAGAGACAACUGUAUAAAGAGGAAGCAGCACAGAAGGAAAAUCGAAGGAGAAGAGAAGAGGAGAAAUAAAUCCACUACUCAGGGCAGUGACUACUAUCAAAUCCUGGUCCAAAGGAAAAAAUAGAAAAAGAGAAAGAAACAAAUACAUGCUUGGAGCAGAAAGAACAUCUGACUGAAAACAUAUCUCACUACUCAUCAAAGAAUUCAUACAGUGGAGAAACUUGGGAGUGUGGGAAAAGUUUGUGUCAGUCACACCUCGCUGUUUAUCGAAGAAUUCAUACUGGUGAGAAACCAUACAAAUGCUUGGACUGUGGGAAGAGCUUCUCUCAGAAGAGAGACCUUACUUCGCAUGGAAGUAUUCACAAAGGGGAGAAACCAUACAAACGUUUGGACUGUGGGAAGAGCUUCUCUCAGAAGAGAGACUUUACUUCGCAUGGAAGUAUUCACAAAGGGGAGAAACCAUACAAACGUUUGGACUGUGGGAAGAGCUUCUCUCAGAAGAGAGACUUUACUUCGCAUGGAAGUAUUCACAAAGGGGAGAAACCAUACAAAUGCUUGGACUGUGGGAAGAGCUUCUCUCAGAAGAGAGACUUUACUUCGCAUGGAAGUAUUCACAAAGGGGAGAAACCAUUUAAAUGAAGUGGAAAGAGCUUCUGUUGGAUGUCAUACUUAACUAUUCUCCAAAGAAUUCAUACAGGGGAGAAACCAUAGAAAUGCUUGGUGGUGCAAAGAGCUUGAAAUAGUAGACAAGUUUCACUUUGCAUGAGAGAGAAACCAUACCAAUGCAUGGAGUGUGGAAAGAGCCUCACAUGGAUAUAGCUCAUUUUUCAUCAAAGAAUUCACACAGGAGAAGCUGCCUAAAUGCCUGGAGCAUGGAAAUACAUGCCGCGCUACUCAUCAAAAGAAUUAAUACAGGAGAGAAAAUAUAGAAGAGAUUUGAAUAUGGAAUAUGAAUCUAUCACAGUUCCAUUUCACAUUUCAGCUGGACUGGUGAGGAAUGUGGCCUGGAGGAUAGAGCUUGGCCUGGGCAGGGCUCCAAGAGCCAGAUGGAGAAGCCUGGAGGGCUACAUUCAUCUCCCAAGCCUGAGAUUUCUCACUUCUACUAUAGACAGGAAGAGAAACCAUUUCGACACACAUACUCCCAGAAAGCCCUCGCCCAGAUGCAUUCUCUCUGCUUUUCCAUAAUGUUUGGCUAAGAGUUGAAUCCAAUAGGAAUAAAAUGCAUCCUCUUGAAUCUGGAAGAUUUUUACUUGGCAUCCCCUGAAAAGCCGCAUCAAAUUAAAGCAGAAAGUGAUGUCUUUUUUUUAAUGUAAGAUAUAUACAUCUAAAUACAUUAAAAAAAUUGCCACGAACAUUCUAUCAAUUGCUAAAGAGGAAGAAAUAUACCUCUAUACAUGAAUAUUUGUCAAAUUGAUAAAAAUAAUUUCUACGGGAACUUAUUUUCCUGAUAACAUUGGUUCCGUGACAGUAUAACUAUUGACCAGCUUUUUAUGAAUUUGUUGAAUUGUCUAUUUUUCCUCCUUUACCAAGGGUGCAAUCCUAUAUGUAUUUUGCCAGUCUGAGGGAAGUUUUUGUUGUUAUGUGCCUUCAAGUUGACUACGACUUAUGGCGACACUAUGAAUCAGCGACCUCCAAUAGCAUCUGUCAUGAACCACCCUGCUCAGAGCUUGUAAGUUCAGGUCUGUGGCUUCCGUUAUAGAAUCAAUCCAUCUCUUGUUUGGCCUUCCUCUUUUUCUAUUCCCUUCUGUUUUUCCCAGCAUUAUUGUCUUUUCUAGUGAAUCAUGUCUUCUCAUUAUGUGUCCAAAGUAUGAUAACCUCAGUUUCAUCAUUUUAGCUUCUAGUGAUAGUUCUGGUUUAAUUUGUUCUAACACCCGAUUAUUUGUCUUUUUUGCAGUCCAAGGUAUGCGCAAAGCUCUCCUCCAACACCACAUUUCAAAUGAGUUGAUUUUUCUCUUACCCGCUUUUUUAACUGUCCAACUUUCACAUCCAUACAUAGAGAUCGGGAAUACCAUGGUCUAAAUGAUCCUGACUUUAGUGUUCAGUGAUACAUCUUUGCGUUUGAGGACCUUUUUCUAGUUAGACUAUGGCAGAUCUCCGGGUGAAACGGCUGAGUCCAAGCUCAGCUGGGCUAGGCUGGCAUAAGUCCAACAUCCUGGCUGAGCCAGUAAAACCCCACCCCUCCCAUCUUAGCCCAGGUUCAGCUGGAUCAGCUGAGACCCACAUAACUUAAGCCCAGUCCCCAAAAAGGGCAGUGGCAGGGGUGGGACUGAAAGGAACUUGCCCAAUAUCCUACAGCUUGGUCAUGUGACUUCCAGCCCCUGCUUUUAUUUUCCUUACACUAGGCUCUGCCGGCUGAGUUGGCAUUCUCCCCUCCCAAGGGCUCCCUAAUGGGGUAGGAUCAGGAAUAUAUUAUAACAAUAAUGAUGGACUGCCUUCAAGUCGAUUCCAAUUUAUGGCGACCCUAUGAAUAGGGUUUUCAUGGUAAGCAGUAUUCAGAGGGGGUUUACCAAGGUCACCCAGGGAGCUUCAUGGCUGUGUGGGGAUUCAAACCCUGGUCUCCUGGUCGUAGUCCAACACUAACCAGUAUGCCACACUUACCCAUUCUUUUUCCUGUUGUGAAAGUGUAAUAAUUCUGUAACAGAACAGUGUCUUGGCUUUGCAAACAGAAAUUGGCAGAAGACGAAGGAGUUCCUUCAGCCCUGCUGGAGGCUUUUGUCAGAUGGAUGGGGAAGACACAUCUGGCCCUCAAACAGGAAGAGGUCCAGCCAGGCCUACUUGGAGAUCCCUGGGAUUGUACCUGGGACCAUCUGCAGGAAGCACAAUGCUCUGCCGCUGAGCCACGGCCCCCAAGGUUAAGAAGGGCUGCGGCUGAGAGCUUUGAGUGAAGAAGGGGCUCAAUAGGAGGCCGAGGGGGGGUGCUCAGCAGAGAAGGAGGGACAGACCAGUGCGGCAGAUGCUGCAUCUUAUGACCCUCACCUAGACUGAAGACUUUAAUUCAUGGUACUUACAUGGAGGAACUCCACCCCCCAAAAAAAAUUCAACUCCCCCCUCCAAAAUAUUUGUCUGUUUCUGUGGUUGCUAUCCAGACUUGAAAAAAUGGAAAUGGACUGCCUUCAAGUCGAUCCCGGCUUACAGCAACCCUAAGGGUUUUCAUGGUCAGUGGUAUUCAGAGGGGGUUUAUCCUUGCCUCCCUCUGAGGCUGAGAGGCAGUGACUGGCCCAAGGUCACCCAGGGAGCUUCAUGGCUGUGUGGGGUUCGAACUCUGGUCUCCCAGGUCCUAGUCCAGCGUUACCCAACCUUUUUUGACCCAACGCCUGUUUGCAAAAUCUUUUUGUGCCCAACGUCCCCCUCAAAUUAAGUAUAUGCCAAUGCUUCCUAUUCUUCCCUUAAAAUAUGAGUAAUGCAUAAAAUGUAUUUUCAAUGAUUAUUACUGAUUGUUUUUAUUAUGCCUUUUUAUUGCACUUAGAUUACACAUUGAAUUCUUAGUAUGAUUUAUUAAUAUACAUACAUAGUUAUAGAAAAG